UGAUCUCGUUGAAGCUUCGUGGUGAUUUCAAUUAACUUUUUUGUUAAAUUAUAGAAAAAAGUAUGUUGAGCUCUGUUUAAAAAUUAAUUUAAAUAUUGUUUCCAUUGAAGCGGUAAAUUUACGACCUCAUAAGCCUAGAAAUGCUAUUAAAUAAGGGCUAUAACAGUAUAAAGCAAAUAAAUAGUAAGGUUCGUAACAUAAACAAAAAUUGUUCGCACAAUUUUGUGAGUCACGGUAAAUAUAGAUGUUUGUGAAUUUGCAAUGACUGUAUGUAUAUACAUUUGUGCAUAAACUAAAACUGCAUAGACAUUUAGGUUUAAGUGUGGUCAAACAUUUGCUGACGCAGAAGCCCUAACUCCAAUUACCGUGAUCAGAGCCAAACAGCAGCUGAGAUAAAUAAACAUUUAAAGGCUAAUAAUAUGACAUCAGUAUUUAAUACAAUUAUGUGGCUAUGUCUUUUUGUUGUUGCUGUUAAAACGUGCAUUGCGUUUGCUUAUGAUCCAAACGAUACAAAAAUUGCUUCAGUUAUUCCACCUGAAGGUUUUUUCGAGGCAUUUUAUCCGAGAGAAACGGAUGGUGUGCCCAACAGUGCUUCCCGUCCCGCUCAUGCGCACGGCAGUUUCUUUAAGCAUCGUAAUCCAGCUUUGGUGGACACAAAGAAUGCCGCAGCUUACGGAUAUCGUUUUGAUGGUAAAAGGCGUUUCAAUUUAAAGUAAAGAAGUUAAAUAGUAAUUACAUUGUGUCUGCUUCUUAUGGUUUUUAUGAAAAUUCAAUAAAAUAUAAAAUUAAUAUA